UCACUGAUCGAUCAAUGAUCUGGAACUCGGAUCUCAUAGAAACUUGGGAACUGAAAAAUCUUUUGACCAAUGCUGCGCAAACUAUGCACAGCGCAGCUGCUCGCAAGGAAUCACGUGGCGCACACGCAAGGGAGGACUAUAAGGAGCGAAAUGAUAAAGAAUGGCUUAAGCAUUCACUUUCAUGGCAAAAGCCUGAAAGCGGUGAAGUUAAAUUGGGAUAUCGGGCAGUGACUAUGUCUACUUUAGAUUCUAAAGAAUGCGAGAGCAUUCCACCAAAAGCCCGUGUGUACUAA